AUGGAGGUCGCUCGUACCUCCUUGAUCCAUGCGGCUGCCCCCCACUUUCUGUGGCCGUUUGCGGUCCGAUACGCUGCGCAUCAGCUCAACGUCUGGCCCCGUGUCUCCGUUCCGGAGACUUCGCCGACACUGCGUUGGACGGGAGAGGUUGGCGAUGCGUCGCGUUUUCGGUCUGGGGAUCUCGAGCUUUUGUCCGCGAUACGUCCGCGGACAAGCUCUCCUCCCGCGCUGUUCCUUGUGUCUUCCUGGCUUUGUCCCGGACGCGUCUGGUUGGCAGUUUUACCACGCCACCCGCGCCGUGUCCUGCCCUCUCAGGACGUCACUUUCGACGAGUCGGUCUCCUACUACCGCCUCUUCCCCUACCGCACUGCCCCGCUCCCCCCCCCGCCUCUCUUCCUCGCACCAGGUGCUACUGUGGUAGACCCCCUCCCCCUCAGGGUGCCGCUCCCUCAGGUGUGUCCCAGGAGCCUCUCCUCGCAGCAGCUACGUGAGAGGUACUUACAGUACUGCAGCCUCAGGAGGGGUGCUUCUGGAGCUCGGAGUGCUGCUGGAGCUGGUGCUCGUGCUUCCCCUCCUAGGCGGGAGCUGCCCUCUCCCCAGCGGCUCCGAGAGUGGUACGCUCGGCGCAACAGUCUCCGGAGUGGCGCUCCCGGUGUCGCGGACCCUGGUGCUGCUGCUGCUAGCGGUGCUGCUGGCGUUGCUGGAGGUGCUGCUGGUGCUGGUGCUGCUGGAGCUGCUGGAGGUGCUCCUGCUGCUGGCGGUGCUGCUGGCGCUGCUCGAGGUGCUGCUGGUGCUGGAGCUGCUGGAGCUGCUGGUGGUGCUGCUGCUGCUGGCGGUACUGCUGGCGCUGCUGGAGGUGCUGCUGGUGCUGGUGCUGCUGGAGCUACUGGAGGUGCUGCUGCUGCUGGCGGUGCUGCUGGCGCUGCUGGAGGUGCUGCUGGUGCUGGUGCUGCUGGAGCUGCUGGAGGUGCUGCUGCUGCUGGUGGUGCUGCUGGCGCUGCUGGAGGUGCUGCUGGUGCUGGAGCUGCUGGAGGCACUGCUGCUGCUGGCGGUGCUGCUGGAGCUGCUGGAGCGUCCUCUCUUCCUGCUCUCGCUGACCAGGAGACUGACUCUCUUCGUGCUGCCAGUCCUACUGUCACGCGUCUCCUUGCCACUGUUGUCACUGACCCUUCCUUUGAGUCCUCUGUUGCGUCUGCUCUAGUCGCUGAGCUUGUUGACUUUGCUGCUGCCUGUCGUCUAGACUACGCCGCUAGCCUUGUUGCUGAGUCUGAGUCUGUCUGUCCUCCGUCUGUCGGGGGUGAGUGUGCUCUUGGCACGGACGUCCUUGAGGACAGACAGGAGGAGUUUGAGUGCUUUGCCGCUGCUUUACCUCAUCUCGUGUCCAUGCUGAUUGCCCCUGAGGGAGACCCGGAUGCACCAGACAUCCCGACCCCACGCUCCUACGCAGAGGCGAUGGAGGGUCCCUACUCCUCUCAGUGGCAGACAGCCAUGGACGCAGAGAUGGCUUCCUGGAAGUCCACAGGCACCUACGUUGACGAGGUUCCCCCACCUAGGGCGAACAUCGUCAGUGGCAUGUGGAUUUUCAGGGUGAAGCGGCCGCCGGGUUCUCCGCCUGUCUUCAAGGCGCGUUACGUUGCACGAGGCUUCAGUCAGCGAGAGGGAGUUGACUUCUUCCAGACCUUCUCCCCGACCCCGAAGAUGACCACUCUUCGGGUUCUGCUGCACGUCGCCGCUCAGCGUGACUACGAGCUCCACUCUCUUGACUUCAGCACUGCUUUCCUACAGGGCAGCCUGCACGAGGAGAUCUGGCUGCGCCGCCCACCUGGCUUCACUGGGUCGUUCCCUCCUGGUACCCAGUGGAGCCUCCGGCGGCCGGUCUACGAUCUCCGCCAGGCACCCCGUGAGUGGCACGACACACUGAGGACUACUCUUGCUGCUCUUGGCUUUGCUCCUUCUACUGCUGACCCGUCGCUGUUUCUACGCACCGACACCACUCUGCCGCCGUUCUACGUUCUUGUUUACGUAGACGACUUGGUCUUUGCUACUGCUGACACUGAGGCACUCGCCCACGUGAAGUCGGAACUGCAGAAGAGACACACGUGCACAGACCUGGGUGAACUGACAAGCUAUCUUGGCUUGCGGAUCACCGGGACAGAGCACAGCGCACCAUUACCUUGA